ACUAGGCACAUGCCAUUUUUGCAUGAUUCUUACUCGAGCCAUGUCCGACGAAAUGACAUGAAUGAAGCUGUCAACGGGGUGUCUGCAGCGAUGCUACACAAGGAUGUGUGCGAUUGCAUUGGCACCUUCGUGGAGCCCGACUGCCUCCUCCGGCUGGACCUCCUUUGCCGCCACUUCGUCUCGGCGCAGCUUUGGCGCCAGCGCGCACAGCAGCUGCUGGCCGUCGACGUGCCUCCACCCUGGGCGGAGCUGCUCGAUGCGCGAUACACGUGUCGAAGGAUCUUCCAGGUCCUCUACCUGGGCCUCCUCCGCCGCAGCAGCCGGGUCGACGAGCCCUGCGCACGCCGCAUCCUCGCGCCGCGCGAGGUCGUCCUGGAUGACACGCGCCACGCAGUGCCGCAGAACCUGGUGCUGCUGAAGCUCUACCACGGGCCAAAGCUCAUGUGCAGGAGCAUCAGUAGCAUCCGACGUUUCUAUCCGGAUAGACAGACAGCCUCUGGACCUGCCGAGGGGCCUGUCAUGGAGAAAGCAGACUUCGAGGUCCCCGUGGGACCGGAACUCUUGAAGAUGCUCGACGACUGGCUUUGCCAAUCGAUUUGUAAAAGCCGAAGUGUGGACCGACAGCUCUUGGUGAGUUCUGAGGUGAACAACCCAGACAUCUUGAAGAUCUUGGAUCUCUCGGUCAACUUGCAGAUUUGGGUUUGGGAGGGCGAGGAGUUUCGAGUUCUCAGUCCUGAAAUGCCUCUGCGCCUCGUGAGCCAAGAUCGAGAAGGUUUCCAGCUUCACUUCGUGCAUCUACCCUUUGCUGGCUGCGACUUCUCCAACUGCAUCGACUUGCUCAUUGAGGUGGAUGCCUUGCGGGAGAGCGCAGCGGUGGCGAUGCUCCGCGGCCGGGUGACCACCUGGCCGAGACAUCAACAGCUCCUUUUUGGCGGUUACCUCCGAGCUUUGCGGCCUCUUUUCCCAGCAGAGAAGAUUGACAGCUCAACCGCCAACCAGAUGUAGAUCAAAAAGGGGUUUUGGACGAGCGCUUUCUCAGGCUUUCAAUGAUAGAGCGUGGGUGGUCUACUUGCAAUCAGAGGAGGGCCUUCAUGUUCCGC